AUGGCUCCCCACGCUAGCUCCGAUGUUGCCAAUGGCUCUGCGAACGGGUCGGCUCGCCUCGAGUCUUCGCUGUUUACCGUCCAGUCGCCCCAUGUUGAGUACACGCCCAACGAGAUCAAGUCUCGAUACGCCUACCAGACUACCGAGGUCACCCGCACUGCCGACAAUAAGCUGCUGGCCACCCCCAAGUCCACGGAAUACCACUUCAAGGUCGACCGCAAGGUCGGCAAGGUUGGUAUGAUGCUGGUCGGCUGGGGUGGUAACAACGGCUCCACCGUCACUGCCGGUAUCCUGGCAAAUCGCCGCAAGCUCUCCUGGGAGACGCGCGAGGGCAAGCAGUCCGCCAACUACUAUGGUUCGAUCGUGAUGAGCUCCACCGUCAAGUUGGGUUCCGACGCCAAGACCGGCGAGGAGAUCAACAUCCCCUUCCACGACCUGUUGCCCAUGGUGCACCCCAAUGACCUGACCAUUGGUGGCUGGGAUAUCAGCAGCUUGGACCUCGCCGCGUCCAUGGACCGCGCCCAGGUCCUCGAGCCCAGCCUCAAGGCCCUGGUCCGAAAGGAGAUGGCUGAGAUGAAGCCUCUGCCCAGUAUCUACUACCCGGAUUUCAUUGCCGCCAACCAGGAGGACCGUGCGGACAAUGUUCUCGAGGGUACCAAGGCUUCUUGGGCCCACGUGGAAAAGAUCCAGCAGGACAUUCGCGACUUCAAGGCACAGAAUGGCCUUGACAAAGUCAUUGUCAUGUGGACCGCCAACACUGAGCGCUACGCCGAUAUUGUCCCAGGUGUCAACGACACUGCCGAUAACUUGAUCAACGCCAUCAAGACUGGCCAUGCGGAGGUUUCGCCCUCCACCGUGUUUGCCGUGGCCUGUAUCUUGGACAACACUCCGUUCAUCAACGGCUCCCCCCAGAACACGUUCGUCCCUGGUGCCCUCCAGCUCGCAGAGCAGCAUCGCGCUUUCAUCGGUGGCGAUGACUUCAAGUCCGGCCAGACCAAAAUGAAGUCGGCUUUGGUGGAUUUCCUGAUCAACGCCGGUAUCAAGCUCACCUCCAUUGCCAGCUACAACCACCUGGGCAACAACGAUGGAAAGAACCUGAGCUCCCAGAAGCAGUUCCGCUCCAAGGAGAUUUCCAAGUCGAAUGUGGUGGAUGACAUGGUUGCCGCGAACCACAUCCUCUAUGCAAAGGACGAGCACCCCGACCACACGGUCGUAAUCAAGUACAUGCCUGCUGUCGGCGACAACAAGCGUGCAUUGGACGAAUACUAUGCCGAGAUUUUCAUGGGUGGCCACCAGACCAUCAGCUUGUUCAACAUCUGUGAAGACUCGCUGCUUGCGUCCCCUUUGAUUAUCGACCUGGUUGUGCUGGCCGAGAUGAUGACCCGUGUCAGCUGGAAGACCAGUGACGAGGGUGCCGAGUACAAGGGCUUCCACAGUGUCCUCAGUGUCCUCAGCUACAUGCUCAAGGCUCCGCUGACUCCUCCCGGCACCCCGGUGGUCAACGCGUUGGGCAAACAACGUUCGGCUUUGAUCAAUAUCUUCCGAGCGUGUGUUGGCCUCCAGCCCGAGUCCGAGAUGACUCUUGAACACAAGCUGUUCUAA